AUGGUGAAAAAGCUGAAGUUGAAACUGCAAGUGCGGGACAACAUCGUCGACUUCCUUCGGCGCACAGCCCGCUUCUUGAAAAAUUACGAUCCAGCCGUACAUGCACUCCAGUUAGACUCACAAAUCGAGAAGCUAGAUGAAAAGUGGGAGGAGUUCGAAGAAGUGCAGGCGGAGAUAGAGGAAUUGGAGGAACAAGAGGAGAAAGCGGACGAGCAAAAGAAGACCCGGGCCGAGUUCGAGGAGUUGUACUUCCAGGUAAGGGCAGGGUUGAAAUCCAAAAUGUCACUCAAUAUUCCUACCUCCUCCUCCUCUACCUCCACUCAUCCUACUGCGGGGGCUUGUGCCGGCAUACAGUUGCCAAAGAUAAAUUUGCCUGAAUUCAAUGGGGAAUUCGAUAAAUGGUUGCCAUUUUAUGAUACGUUCAAGUCGCUGAUCCAUAGUAAUACGGAUCUGAGCGCAAUUCAACGUUUCCACUAUUUGCGAGCGUCUCUAAAGGGUGAGGCGCUAAAGGUAAUUGACUCAUUUCCAAUGAGCGAAGCAAGCUAUGGUGUUACCUGGUCAGCUUUGACCAAACGUUAUUCAAACGUGUAUCUGCGGAAGAAACGACAUGUCAAUGCACUUCUGCAAUUUCCCAAACUGAAAAGGAUGUCGGCAAAUGGGAUACAUGACGUCAUCGAUUGUUUUGAUAGGCACACGAAGAUUCUGGAUCAAUUGGGGGAAGUUACUGCGGGUUGGGGGGCGAUGCUGACACAGCUGUUAGUUUCGAAGUUAGACGAUUCGACGCAAAAGGACUGGGAAGAGUUCGCGCUGAAGAAACAAGAUCCGGUGUUCUUGCACGUGAUGGAGUUCCUAGAGGGGCAAACCCGAGUUCUAGAUGCGAUAGCGGUCGAUCAGCGUUCUGAAAGUCAGCGUGCUUCUUUUUCCACUCCUCCGAUGCCGUUUAAGAAGUCUGUGCCGAAGAUGACAGUGAAUGUAGCGUCCGAGAGUUCGUCGUCGGCGAAAUGCGUAUGCUGCAGUGGAUCACACUACAUCACCAAUUGUACGGCUUUUGCGAAGCUCGCACUGGAUAAGCGGUUUCAGAUUGUGAAUUUGAAGAAGCUGUGCAGCAAUUGUCUUCGUCGUGACCGCUACUGUCGAGAUUGCACUUCGCCAUUCCGCUGCCGAACGUGCAGCAAGAAGCACCACACUUUACUCCAUCCUGGAUUGUCAGCAUCCGGAUCUGGUUCAUCGGCCGGCAUUCAGGACACAAAACUAUCGCAAACGGGCGGUUCUGGUGUUUCUUCAACUGCGGUGGCAUCCGUUGAAGUUCCUCAGCAGGCACUUCAAUCUUCAGUUGCAACCAUCUAUGCGGCAAACAUACCAGCUGAGUUCCGAGAGGUCAACUUUUUUCUGUCAACGGUGCACGUUUCGGUAAAGGAUUGCAACGGACGGUUGCAUAAAGCAAGGGCUCUGCUCGAUAGUGGGUCGCAGGCAAAUUUGAUUUCGGAGAGAUUGUGCCAAACACUGAAGCUGCCACGGAAAGGUAGCAAUAUACCGGUUUCUGGCGUGGGUAGUGCGCGGAUUCAGAUAAACGGUUCAGUUUCUGCCACAAUAGGUUCACUCGUUACGGAAUAUACAAUUUCCGUGGAUUUCCUUGUAUUGAAGAAAGUAACUGACGAUCAACCAUCAACGACCAUUCCAAUUGGCGGCUGGAAUCUGCCUCCGAACAUGGUACUAGCAGAUCCAGGUUUUAACAAAAGAGCUCCCGUCGAUCUUCUGCUAGGACUGGAGUAUUUCUAUGAGUUCCUUUUACUGAAUGGUGGCCGGGUACAAGUACAACGCGUAAGAGAAGGACUUCCGCUUUUCGUAAAUACCGUAUUUGGCUGGAUUGUAGCUGGAAAGACGAAUCCGGUACCGUGCCACUACGUAUUGGUGGGAUCAACGUGA